CGCAGACGCCGCCUGAUGGCGUUGAAACGAAUGGGAAUUGUAAGUGACUAUGAGAAAAUCCGUACCUUUGCUGUAGCAAUAGUAGGUGUUGGAGUUGGCAGUGUGACUGCUGAAAUGCUGCCAAGAUGUGGCAUUGGUAAGUUGCUGCUCUUUGACUCUGACAAGGUGGAACUGGCCAAUAUGAAUAGACUUUUCUUCCAACCUCAUCAAGCAGGAUUAAGUAAAGUUCAAGCAGCAGAACAUACUUUGAGGAACAUUAAUCCUGAUGUUCUUUUUGAAGUACACAACUACAAUAUAACCACAGUAGAAAACUUUGAACGUUUCAUGAAUAGAAUAAGUAAUGGUGGGUUAGAAGAAGGAAAACCUGUUGACCUAGUUCUUAGCUGUGUGGACAAUUUUGAAGCUCGAAUGACAAUAAAUACAGCUUGUAAUGAGCUUGGACAAACAUGGAUGGAGUCUGGGGUCAGUGAAAAUGCAGUUUCAGGGCAUAUACAGCUCAUAAUUCCUGGAGAAUCUGCUUGUUUUGCAUGUGCUCCACCGCUUGUAGUUGCUGCAAAUAUUGAUGAGAAGACUCUGAAACGAGAAGGUGUUUGUGCAGCCAGUCUUCCUACCACUACGGGAGUGGUUGCUGGGAUCUUGGUACAAAAUGUGUUAAAGUUUCUGUUAAAUUUUGGUACUGUUAGUUUUUACCUUGGAUACAAUGCAAUGCAGGAUUUUUUCCCUACUAUGUCCAUGAAGCCAAAUCCUCAGUGUGAUGACAGAAAUUGUAGGAAGCAACAGGAAGAAUAUAAGAAAAAGGUAGCAGCACUGCCCACACAGAAGGUUGUUCAAGAAGAGGAAGAGAUAAUACAUGACGACAGUGAGUGGGGUAUUGAGUUGGUAUCUGAGGUUUCAGAAGAGGAACUGAAAAAUUCUUCAGGUCCAAUUCCUGACUUACCUGAAGGAAUUACAGUGGCAUAUACAGUUCCCCAAAAGCAAGAAGAUUCUGUACCUGAAGUAACAGUGGAAGAUUCUGGUGAAAGCUUGGAAGACCUCAUGGCCAAGAUGAAGAACAUGUAAAUAAUGGACUGGCCUGUAUUUUAUUUCCUAAACCUGUUCCCUAGCAAUUAAAAAGAAAAUCAUUUAAAACUGAGAAAACUUAGGGCAACAUCAGUUGAUGUAUAAUCUUCACUGAAUUGUUAUACUGUUUAAAAAUACUGUGACUAUUGCUUGUUACUCUCCCCCCCACAACUAAAUCAGAAACUCUCCUAAAACUUAUGUUUCAUUCUAGUAAGAAAACUUCAAAGGAUUAUUGCAGGCAGUUAUAAAUCUUAUUUAAAACUUAGCCAUUGAACUGUUUUUGGCCUUUUGGGAGGGGUGGGAAGAAAGGACCAAUUUGAUUUGCCUGAGGCCAUGGACAACAGAAUAGUGUGUGGUCAAGUAUAGGGAAAGAACAAGAGGUACAACCUAUUGAUUAGAGCCAGCAGGCAUCCACUCAUUGUGUUUGGAAUUGCUCUCUACAGGAAAACUGCCCACUACUACUAACUUGAGCAACAAUGAAUUUCAAAUAGUAAACCUAUAAAAUAAAAACAUCCUUUCAAAUGUUUCCUGAUGAAACACAAGCUGAAAUACAGUCAUUGGAAAAGUUUGUAAACCUCUGAAUUAUAUAUUCAAAACAAGACAGAGUCAAAUAAGAGGAAGCUUUCUUCAUGGAUAGACAGAUAAAGAUAUUUUCAGGAUGUACAAAUUAUAUUUCUGCACUGAUUAAGAAAAAGCAUAUCAUCUGUGGAACAUAUAUCUGAGUCAGUGUGCUUUAUUGAGGAGCAAAAGAUAAAU